UUUUAGAGGAAGAAAAAAAAUGCAGCGAAUAGAGAAUUGGGUUGGGAAGGGAUUAACGAAAGUAGAAAAGGAGAGUGAAGAAUACGAAUCCAUUAAGAAUGGUUUCUUGAAGGGUAUGGAAUUUAUGGGAAAUGCGACAACUGUCAUUGCCAUUCACAAGAACGAUGUUUCCUUUAGUUUGGCAAGGCAAGCUCGUUGGGAUUCCUUCAAUAUUUUCUCUAAGGCUGUGGCAAUCAAAUCUGGUGGAGAUGCAAAUGUAAGGAAUGCUUGGUACGGUGGUUCCUUGGAUGAUCUCCUAGAAAUUGUAUCUGUUGGAUUCAAUGGAUGCAAAAGCCAUGAUGAUCACGAUGAGUCUCACGGUGUCGGGAUUCCCUUAUUUUCAGUCCAUUCCUCCAUUGAUAGUGCUAUGUGUACAGUAGCAGAUGAGCAUGGCUUGAGACAUGUGUUACUAUGCAGAGUGAUUUUAGGGAAGGUGGAAGCUGUUGGUUGUGGUUCAAAGCAGAGCCAACCUAGUUCUAAGCAAUAUGACUCUGGUGUGGAUGAUAUUUUAGCACCUACAAAACAUAUUAUCUGGACUGCUUUUAUGAAUUCACACAUUCAUCCAAAUUAUAUUCUUAGUUUCAGAUAUAAUUACACAAAAGAUUCAGUGGUACAUGGAGCACUGAAACCUCAAUCACCAUAUGUGUUGUUUCACAAUUUAGUAGCAAGAGUUUCAAAUGAUUUGAAACCAGCAGAGAUGACUAUGUUACUCAGAAGCUACCGAAUUUACCGACAACGGAAGAUUUCAAGGGAAGUAUGGAUAAACAGAGUGAGAUUGAUUGUGGGAGACACACUGCUCCAUUCAGUCAUCACAAAAUCCAACUACGAUGUGCACAUUCUUUAGUCUCUCUUUUUUGUUGCUUUUUAUCAUAAAAUUAUUGCUUUUCUUUUUCCCUAUAUUUUGUUCAUUUCAUUAGGCUUUAAAUUUUGAAAGUUGGGCUCAUAGUAAUUGGGUUGGCUUUUACUUCCUGCAUCCUCUCAAUUUCUUACACACUCUCAAAUUUUUAAGAUGACCAUUUGGGCUACAUUAUAUAUUCAUAAAACUUUUCAGAAAAAAAGUUUCAGAACACGAUUUCUGGAUUAUAAUUUCUAAAACAGGAUUUUUGGAACGUAAUUUUGGAAGUAAAACUUUCAGAAUGUAUGAAAUAUAUUUUAAAAAAUAUAUUUCAGAAUAAUUUUUUACAACAAAUUUUCUGGAAUGAGUUUUUGAAACACUUCUACAUGAAAUAUGUUUUGAAAAUAGCUUUGCAAGACAUAUGAAAGUUUUUUUUUUUCACAUUUUUGUCUCUUCUUUGUUUGCAACAUUCUCUCUCUCUUCUUUUUCCAUUGCAGUAGCAGUGAUGAAGGAAGCAACAGAGGUAACUAUGGUGAAAGUGACGUGGUGGUGGUGAAGGAGGUAGUUAGUAAUUGUGGGGGUGCUGAAGGCAAUAGCCAAUGGGUUUACUUGUUACUAGGAUUUUAUAAAAUUGAAUAGAACAAAUUCACAUACAAGUAAUAAAAAAAUUGUAUUAGUAAGGUUUGGUUAAUGGUUGCAAUUGUAUUCCUGUCUUUGCCUCUUCAAACUUUCAGUGUAAAUUAUGUUGGAAAUGAAUUUCCAAGAUUCAGUUUA